UUUUUUUUCCCCCAGCGCCACGGUCCAGCCCCAGUGAGCUCUCGCGCACUGACACACACACACACAUACACACGCGGGCGCGCACACACGUCCGCCCGAACGGGAAGGCUCGCGCUCUUAACGAGUUUCCGCGUUCGGAAAACCCUACGGGAAAAAACAAGGAAUAACCCGACAGCCUUUCUUUGUUAAAAGAAAAUAAAAGAAAGAAAAAAGGGACCGAUUUGCUUUGCUCGUGUCUUUUUUUAAGCCCCACGUACGGGGGUGUCCACGCCACUCACGGGAAGACAGAAGAGCGCGAGGGAGGGAGACAGAACGCGAGUGAGAAGGAGACGGAGAGCGCGCGCUGUAGGCUGAACGGUCCGGGGAAAAGGCUCGCUGCCGCGCGCGCGCGCGUGUGUGUGUGUGUGUCUAUGUGUGUGUGUGCGUGCGUGCGCGUGUGUUUUUUUGUCCUCGCUCGCGAAGAGAAAGAAAGGAGGGAGGGAUAAACGGAACGGCAGCUGCGGUUUGCGCGCCUGGCUUCGUGCUUUCAGCAUGUCGGAGGUGCUGCCAUACAGCGAAGAGAAAAUGGCUCAUUACGGCAACGACGGCGACGACGAGGAUCACCUCUCGUUCACCUGUCGCCUGCAGGACACCAACAACUUCUUCAGCGGCAACCAGAACAAGCGACCACCCAAGCUUGGCCAGAUCGGGAGAAGCAAACGAGUCGAGGAAGACGGUGAUGCCGAAGCACUGGAGAAGACGGCGGACAAGUCGUCUUCAUCUGCGUGAGCGGAUUCCAAAGACACUUGACCUUUGAUGUGUGUACCCAAAGACAUUGUAAAGAAGCAACCCCUCUCCCAUCCGGCAACCAAGCACGUCACACUCUCUUGCUCUCCGACACCCUCUUUCCAUCUGAACAGGGAUGGCUGAUGGACAAUGCGGCGGGCAUGCAUGGGAAACUGGACGAAAGGGGCCCAGGAAUGGGAAGGGAAUACUGUGUUUUCCAAACUUUAUUCGAGCUAUGUGCAAUGAGGGGGGCAUCGCCUUGUUAACCGAGGCCGGCCAUUCCCACCGGGAUAUAAUGAAGCAAUUAGAGUGACUGAGCAAAUUGUACCAUUAACAUUGAACCAGUAUCUUCUUCCCCAAGCUGUAGUUCAAGGCUUAGCUGAGUCGCUGGCUGAUGAUGUUAAUGGUAAAAUAGCAAUGUCAACUUCUCUUCCACGGUGAAUUUCAAAAGGAGAUUCACCAUGUAUUUAAGAUAAAAAAGGCUAUUUAUUAAAUCUUUGGAUACCUUUUUUUGCAGUGUUGGAGGUCUGAGCAAGUUUUAUAGAGAAUGACAGGAAAAUAGUGAUUUUCCUUUUAUGCUUUUUGUUCAGGAUGUAGCUUGACUAAGGGAUUACCAUGGUCUACCCCUAAGAUACCCUCCCUCUUCUCCCACCCUCAAACUCAACUCCUUAACCCCUUUUCUUGCUAUUUCAUGCAUUUGAUGUUUCUAAGCUGACAAGGGUUAGAUCAGGUAUAUGGAGUUAAAAAAAAAGAAAAAAAAAAGGAAAAAAUACAAAAACCUUACUGUCGCAUUAUGAUUACUAUUGUACUACAUAUUUACCGUAGGUGUGCCAAAUAAUCAUGACAGAAAUAUGUAUUUCUGUGCUCUCUUCACACGCACAGUUUUAUGAAUAUUCGGUGUUCAUGUUUACAGGGCUUUUUUCAUACUAGUGAUGUACUUUAGUCAUGCAUGACGAACCUGACGACCUCAAGAGAAUCUUAUAUAAUGGCUAAUGUUGUGUUGAUUUCACAGAAAAAAAAAGUUUCUACGGGAAUAUCUGUAAUAUUAAAGAUUUUGAGAAAUGGAAUGAAAAA